AUGCGCGUCAAUCAAUCGGAUCCGUUCAAGAACAUCCUGCACGGUGCGAUGCCGUGGGUGACAACUCCCACCAAGCAGAGCCAACCCAAGCAGAGCCAACCCAAGCAGGCCGGAAAGCCUGACGAAGGAAGCGAUGUUUCGCCGGCACUGCCGCCCAAAGAAAUUGCACGCAUCGAUAGUUCCACGCCGAUUACUACCCCAAGCAAAGGUGCCGUGGGAGCUGGUGAGGUUUCAUCAGUGCCGACCCAGGCAGAGGAAACCACGGCAACCAAGGCACAACCAAUGGAUGUCGUUACUACCAAUCCCGUAUUCCGGUACCUACCAUAUCCGACGCAGUCAUCGCCGUCGCGAGCUGUCAUAGUGUCCAAUUGGGCCACCCUUCCGCCAUACGCACAUGUACUCAGGUCGGUCGACACGGGAUGUGUGUACUCUAUAGAACGAUUCGAGUACCAACAACCUACCAACAACAUGACAAUGUAUGGUACCCGUAUCGUCUACACAAACGAUGAAGGUGCCGCCGGCCUAGUCGAACGUUUUGGACUUGCUCCCUUGACAGAGUGGAUGUCACUCUACGGCAAUCCCAACUUGCAAUACACCAACUACAAGUUGUCUCCACUCCUCCAGCUUCUGGAUACGGAUGCCGAAUACAAGAAGCAUUCUCGGAUUCUCCACCUCGAGAUUCCAGCCCGAAGCCCUCCCAUGAUCACCUACAAGCGAAGUUCUGUUGUCAGUACGGAUGGCGAGGAUUUCGACUACGACAGCCUUCUGCGCUUCUUAACGAAGGCUGAAGUCGAAUAUAUCAAGGAGCUGCGUCUCGCAGAGAAGUGCAAGGGGAAGGGCGUCCUUUCUAUCGAGAAGAUGGAAUGGAGGGCGUACAAGUCCAACAUGAAGCUGCGUCUAGAAUUUCGGUCAAUCGAGGCGUCUGCCGAUGUUUGGAACUUGAUCAAGCAGGACCACGCCUGGAAGGACGUAAAGGUCGAGUUCAUGCCUGAUCCUUGUGGUAUUCCCAGGAAUGAUCGAUCAGAUAUGCGGAUACCAGAUCCAUCAGCCAUUGGUGCGGCAUGGCGCGUAGCACCUUGAUCUGGACAACGAUGAGUGCUUGGGCAGGUCUUGGGCCUUUUGUGUUGAUGGACGUGCUUUUCCGGGGUAGCCUUUGUAUUCAU